UAUCCAUCAUCUGACUCCUUCCUCGUAUACUCCCCUCUACUUUGUCAAUAUCCAUAAUCCAUAUCCCAUUCUUUCAUCACCAUGAUUCACCAAAUUACCAUUUUUGGACUUAAUCAAUCAAAUUCAUCACAUUAAAUACCCCAUUAUCUUCCUCAUUUCAUUUCACUCUUCCUCAAUCUCAUUUCUCUUCCAUUUUCUCCUUCAAACAUCAAAAUGGGUUUUGAUGUAGAACAACACAACCCAAACUCAACAAUAAAAACAACUCAAAACAUUGUUUCUACCGAAAACAACACCAACGGUAACAUAACUGUUACAAAAAAAACACUUUCACUUAUACAACCUCAUUCACUUCUCCCAAAACCAACACCACCAAUUUCAAAUUCACACCCCCCAAACGAAACAAUUCCAUCAACACUCAAAACUUUCUUCCAACAACGCAGUAAUGAUCUGUCAUCAGCAAUCUCCAGAACCAUCACAUCGUUAAAACACUCUAUAGACGAUAAAAAUGAGUUUAACGAUGUGACUGAGUUCAAUCUCUCCGGUUUAAAAGUAGUAGUAACUACUCCUGUUUUUUCCAACGACAGAGUGUCGUUGGGAAAAGUACAAAUAACAAUGUUUUCAAAAUCGAACUGCAGAGACUGUUCUGCAGUUCGAAGAUUUUUCAAAGAAAGACGAUUGAAAUUCAUCGAAAUCAACAUUGAUGUGUAUACAGAGAGAGAAAAAGAGCUGAAGGAAAGAACUGGAAAUUCAAAUUCAACUGUUCCAAUGAUUUUCUUCAACGACAAGCUAAUCGGAGGAUUAGUGGAAUUAAACGCGAUGAGGAAGAACGAAGGCGGUGAAUUGGAGAAGAAACUGAUCGAAAUUGCGAAUGGAAAAUAUUCCGGUGAUAUUCCGGUGGCACCGGAGUAUGGAUUUGAUGAGAUGGUGGAGAUGGAGAAGGAGGAUGAGAUAGUGAAGGUAGUGAGAGUAUUGAGACAGAGAUUACCGAUUCAAGAUCGGUUGAUGAAGAUGAAGAUUGUGAGGAAUUGUUUUGAUGGAAAUGAAUUGGUUCAGCUUCUUGUGAGAAACCAUGGUUAUGUUCAUAAUAAGGCUGUUGAGGUUGGAAAACAGUUAUGCAAGAAGCACUUCAUCCAUCCUGUUUUCGGGGAAAAUGGUUUUGAGGAGGGAAAUCACUUCUAUCGAUUCCUUGAACAUGAACCGUUUAUCUCAAAAUGUUUCAAUUUCCGGGGUGCUACAAAUGAUAGUGAACCGAAAAGUGCAGCUGCAGUUUGUGAUAGACUUACCAAGAUUAUGUAUGCCAUUCUUGAGUCUUAUGCUUCUGAAGAUAGGAGACAUGUUGAUUAUGUGGCCAUCAGCAAAAGUGAAGAAUUUAGGAGGUAUGUAAACAUGACACAGGAUCUGCAACGGGUCGAUCUCUUAGAACUAUCAGAAAAUGAGAAGCUCGCAUUCUUCUUAAACUUGUACAAUGCCAUCGUCAUCCAUGCUAUGAUAAGAGUAGGGUGUCAAGAAGGUGAAAUUAACAGGAAAUCCUUCUCUGAUUUCCAGUAUUUGAUUGGAGGACAUCCUUAUUCUCUUGCCACUAUAACAAAUGGUAUCCUUAGAAGCAAUCGGAGGUCGCCUUAUUCCUUAGUCAAGCCCUUUGGCACAAAAGACAGAAGACUAGAGCUUGCAGUUGUCAAAAUGAAUCCUUUGAUUCACUUUGGACUUUGUAAUGGCACUAAAUCAAGCCCAAAGGUGAGGUUUUUUUCACCUUGUAGAGUUGCUGAUGAAUUGAGAUGUGCAACUAGAGAGUUCUUUGAGGAUGAUGGCAUUGAAGUUGACCUAGAGAAGAGGACCCUUCAUCUCACUCCAAUUUUGAAGUGGUACAGUGUUGAUUUUGGAAAUGAAAGAAAUGUGGUAAAAUGGAUAAUGAAUUACUUGGAUGCAAAUAAAGCUGGUCUUUUGACACAUCUCUUAGCUGAUGGUGGUCCUGUUCAUAUAUCAUACAAGAAUUAUGACUGGUCAAUAAAUUCUUGAAUAUUGCAGGACUAGGAAAUAUAUUACACUGAACUUGCAUGAUGUUUUAUUAUUGUACAUAUGUAAGGUUUUUUAAUUAUUUCUGAAUGUGCUGAAACAGUGCAGAAUAUAGAUAUGAUAUAUUAUGUUAAAGUUUUUUUUAUCUUACUAUGAUGGCCUCCGCAAGUAUAAGGGAGUGUAGUUUACAUAAAGUAUCAGGUUCAAACAUUA